AUAAAGGUAGGUGCGUCUAAUUAAAUAAACAGACUCGUAUCGACCAUUAGUCUUUCGUGAUAGACAACGUUUGCCAGUUUUAUUUCGUGUACUCCGUGAUCGAUAAAAAACGAAAAAUGGACAGACAAUGCCAACAUACUUUCGUCAGUAAACCUUUUUACAAGUGGUUCCGUAAGUGUGACGAAUGCAGGAAGAGAAAAUUAUGGACGCCGAUCACAAAAUGCUCAGUGUGCAAGCAUUACUGCCAUCGCAGGUGCAUAAAGCCGGACGGCAACGUGUACAGCAGGUCAACGGAUGAUGUUGGACCGACAGCACUGAUGACUAACACGAUCAAACGGAACGUAGAAAACGUCCGGGACUUGAAUCUCGAAGACAGUGGCGUCAUUGAGAAUAACAGCGUCGACAUCGAUAACGUAGUUAAUCCCGAGUUAUGCGAACAUCGGCCGUACGAGGUGAAGAACGCCGGCGAUCUUGGCACCGGAAUCGCGCUGCAGGACCACAGUUUUGAAGCCAUAGAUGAAGGAACGAUGCCUGAUGCAGAUCGAAAUGCUAAGGAUAUGAAACCAUCUGGUUGCGAUGUGACGGCUGACGAGAACAGUACGAAUCUAGCAAGUAACGAGACCGUAAAUGAAGAAUGCAUUAGAAAUCCCUUAAAUCGCGAAGACAGUCGCGUCUUUGAGAACUCUCCGGAAAGUAGCGCCGAUGGUAUGUGCGCGGUCAACAUCGAAUCGACCGAACAGCGGCCAUACGUCGAGAACGUUUGCGCUCUUGGUACCGAAAUCGCGGUGGAGGACCGGAGUCCCGGGGCCGUAGACGACGAACCGGUGCCCGACCUAGGUAAAGAAAAGAAAUAUUUUGGCCACUUGAUGACGGUAGACGAGAGCAGCACAGAAAACGACGAUGCGCAAACAAAUGAAGCUAUGUUGUCAUCGUCGGUUGAACCGUCGGGCACAUUUUGUACAGCUGCAGAUGUGUGCUGUAUGGACAUGUAUUUUCCUCGGAGCUGUUGGCCCACUCGUACUCUUUUCAUACACACGAAGCCAAUCAAGGGCUGUUCCGAUUUCAAGCUCGCAAAACACCACCUGUCACGCGUCGAAAUCGAAACGAAUGAAGGCCAAAAAGAUGGCAAUGUUGAAGAGAAUGUCGUCACCGGUGAAAAGACAACAACAUCUCACAACAUCUAACAUCUUUGGUAAAGACUAAAGAGAGUAGUUCACUUUUCAAAUAAUGAA